AGAGAGGUAUCACGCUGGGAUGUCAAACUGGUGAACUUAAUUGAAAGGAAGAUGUGUUGAUUUAGCAGCAGUGCAGGCAGCCUUAUAUAUUAGAGGAGCUCCAGGCUGCUUAGUCCUUGGGGAGCCAGCUGUCAAACUGAGGUCUGGAAUGAGGCCUUGGCAAACUGCAGACAUUGUACUGGGAUAGGUUUCCUCCAUGCUAAUACAUAUAGUGGAAACCCAUCUGUUUACCUCUGACAGACCGCUCUACUAAAAUAUAGAAUAACAGUAUAAGAAUUCCUCAACUUGGGAAGCAGCAGAGACAGUGUUAAAUACAAGAAAUAUUCCUUGCCCAGGAUGUGGUGGGAAGAAGAGGUGCCAGAUGACAAAUAAAUGAUGCAAGAAAGUUUGCAUGGAAUGUCAUCCUGUUUUUGGAAAGUGUGGUGGCUGGUUAUCAAGACAAUUGGAAGUAUGCUGACUGCUAAUUGCACCCACAUUUAAUGGUGAUUUUAGAGUGGAAAAUGGGGAAUUCAGAAAGCCAGUACAGUCUUCAUGGAUCAAAAAAUCACACUACUGCUGCAUCAGGUGCCAAGCAGAAGCCUUGUUCUCUGAAAUUUCACAGUGGAUGGGGGCACAGCAGCAGUGGCACUAACUACAAAUCGAGAUCACUAGCUAGGAGCUGCCUCUCCCACUUCAAAAGUAACCAGCCUUAUUCAUCAAGGAUCAGUGACACAGUGGCUAAAGCAUCUAAAAGCAAUAUCCAUGCCAAACACAGGACAAAUGCCCUGGGAAACUACUGCCAGGGGAACAAUGCAGUGUUUUUGCCUGAGAAUGGUUUUCACUAUAUUGACCGUGAAGCUGCAAGUAAUCAUGUUGCCUCCAGGGAUUGCAAUGGGCAUCUUUUACAUUGCUAUGGAACGAAUGAAAGCCUAGCAUCAACCCCACCACCAGAGGACAGGAAGAGCCCCAAAGUUCUCAUUAAAACACUGGGGAAGCUGGAUGGCUGUUUAAGGGUUGAGUUUCACAAUAGUAGCAACAACAAAGUUUCUACAGAGGAAUCCAAUGGACCAGUCCAGCUGUUGAGAUACUCACCUACUUUAGAAUCAAAAUCUAAUGAUCUGCUAGAUGUGAGGAGGAACUCCAGUACUGAUGACACUUCAAGUCAUCGUCUAUCUCCCACCGACUCAAGACUUAGAUCCAGUAAAGGAAGCUCCCUGAGCUCAGAGUCUUCAUGGUAUGAUGCUCCUUGGGGCAACAAUGGGGAUAUCAAUGAGCUGGAUGGCUCCUACUUGACCAGGAGCACUCCUGAUACAAGUAUUCAUGCCAGUUUUCCCACAAAUGACAGCAAAAAGUCCUUCAACCAAAGUUCAUCUCUUUCCUCUCUCCGCGAUCUAUAUAAGGAUACAAAUUUAGAAAGCAGCCCAUCAUCCACGCUCAGGCUGUCUGAUGAAUACAUUAGUACUCAUGCUAGCUUAAGCAAUCGCGUUUCUUUUGCCUCAGAUAUUGAUGUCUCUUCCAAAGUAGGACACAGAGGCCCUACACAGUACUCUUCUUAUACCCUCCCAUGUAGAAAAUCCAAACCCCUAAAUGACGAUGCCUCCAAGAAGGACACAUUAAAAAGCAGAAUGCGACGCAUCAGUGACUGGACAGGAAGCCUCUCUAGGAAGAAAAGAAAGCUGCAGGAGCCAAAAUCCAAGGAUCUGAGUGAAUACUUUGACAGCAGAAUCGAUAACCUCACUACAGACACUUUGGCACCUUCACAGCUGUCUGGUUUACUGUGGUCACCUGGAUCUGGCCCCAUUCUGCCCCAGAGAAGUGAAUCCACUAAUGCAAUCAGCAGUGAUGCCCUGAGGCAGAAUAUUUAUGAAAAUUUCAUGCGGGAGCUGGACAUGAGCAGGACUAAUGUUGAGAAUACGGACACGUCAACAGAAACGGAAGACUCCAGCAGUGAAUCACUCAGUUCUUUAGAACAACUGGAUCUUUUGUAUGAGAAAGAACAAGGAGUUGUGCGCAAAGCAGGGUGGCUCUUCUUCAAACCAUUGGUAACUCUACAGAAGGAGAAAAAACUUGAGCUGGUUGCACGGAGAAAGUGGAAGCAGUACUGGAUAACACUCAAAGGUUGUACCCUGCUGUUUUAUGAGACUUAUGGGAGGAAUUCCAUGGAACAGAGCAAUUCACCAAGAUAUGCUCUAUUUGCAGAAGACAGCAUAGUGCAAUCUGUCCCAGAACAUCCCAAGAAGGAAAAUGUGUUUUGCCUUAGUAAUUCUUUUGGAGAUGUGUAUCUGUUUCAGGCAACCAGCCAGACAGACCUGGAAAACUGGAUUACAGCAAUUCACUCAGCGUGUGCUUCCCUCUUUGCAAAGAAGCUUGGGAAAGAGGAUACUAUCAGGCUUUUGAAAAACCAGACCAAGAGCCUGAUCCAGAAGAUUGACAUGGAUAGCAAGAUGAAAAAGAUGGCAGAGUUACAGCUCUCAAUUGUCAGUGAUCCAAAAAACAGGAAGGCCAUAGAGAAUCAGAUCCAGCAAUGGGAGCAGAAUCUAGAGAAAUUUAACAUGGACCUAUUCAGGAUGCGCUGCUACCUGGCGAGUCUGCAGGGUGGGGAGUUACCAAACCCUAAAAGCCUUCUCGCUGCCACCAGCCGUCCUUCAAAACUGGCACUGGGUAGACUGGGCAUAUUCUCAGUCUCAUCCUUUCAUGCACUGAUCUGCUCCAGGGACGAGGCUGCUCUCAGGAAACGAACACUCUCCUUGUCACAGAGGGUACGAAGUAAGAAGGGCUUAUUUUCCUCACUCAAAGGGCUAGACACUUUGGCAAGAAAAGGGAAAGAAAAACGACCUUCAGUAAAUCAGAUUUUUGAUUCAACGGGGGGAAAUGGAUUAACAGGCACACAACUACUACAAAAAUCAUCCAGUUCUUCUGAGCAGCAAGUUGAUGAAAUGUUGAAUAUCUACUGCUCUGCAUCAGAAAGUGGCCAGAAAGAGAGCACUUGGGAUAUCCAAACAUAUGUUCAUUUCUACGAUAGGCUAGGAGUCACGUUAACCCUCAAGCCAGAACACAGAGUGGAAGAUAUUUUGUCUUUGGCUUGCAAGAUGAGGCAGCUGGAACCAAAACACUAUGGUCUACAACUUAGAAGAUUAGUAGAUGAAAAUAACGAGUAUUGUAUUCCUGAAGCAUAUGAAUACAUACAAGAUCAGAUAUAUGAUGAAAUAGAAAUUUUUCCUUUAAAUAUUUACCAUGUUCAUCUUACUAAGACGGAGAACAUAACUGAUUUUGGGUUUGCAGUCACAGCUCAAGUUGUUGAAAACCAGCAUCUCACUCAUAUAUUCAUAAGUGAUGUCCUCCCAGAUGGGCUGGCUUACAAAGAAGGGCUGAGAGUGGGCAAUGAAAUCUUGAUUAUAAAUGGAGAGGCUGUGUCUGAUCUUGACCUCAGGCAGAUGGAACUAUUGUUUUCAGAGAGAAGUGUCAUGCUCACAGUGAGAACAAGUCAUGGCCCUAAGCAAGCAUCAUGUAUGACAUGGUCAGAUGGCGUGAUUUCCAUGGACCCUAAAAAUUUGUUGCCCCCUCCUAACCAGUCACAGCUCCUAGAAGAAUUUCUGGAUAACUUGAAAAAGAAUACAGCAAAUGAUUUUAGCAACGUGCCUGAUGUCACCGCUGGCCUGAAGAGGAGCAGUACUGAUGGCACUUUGGACCAAGUGCCACACAAGCAGAAGAUGGACCCACCUUUCAGGAGCACUGAACAAAUCUCUACAUUGUGUCAGAAUUUUCUUGAAGUCCAGGCAAACGGUAUGGAAGGACAAAAGGACAGCCAAGAUCUUCCCCUGAGACCACUGGGACGACCUCUGUCUGAUGCUGAUAGGUUGAGAAAGGUCAUCCAAGAACUUAUGGACACUGAAAAAUCAUAUGUCAAGGAUUUGAGCUGCCUUUUUGAAUUAUACUUGGAACCCCUUCAGAAUGAGACCUUUCUUACCCAAGAUGAGAUGGAGUCAUUGUUUGGCAGUCUGCCAGAAAUGUUGGAUUUCCAGAGGGUGUUUUUGGAGACUCUAGAAGAUGGAAUUUCUGCCUCCUCAGAUUUUAACACACUGGAAACCCCAUCCCAGUUUCGGAAACUGCUAUUUUCACUUGGAGGCUCUUUCCUGUAUUAUGCUGACCACUUCAAACUGUACAGUGGAUUCUGUGCAAACCACAUAAAAGUUCAGAAAGUCCUUGAGAGAGCCAAAACAGAUAAAGCUUUUAAGGCCUUUCUGGAUGAACGGAACCCCACGAAACAGCAUUCGUCUACUCUGGAGUCGUACCUCAUCAAGCCUGUCCAGAGAGUGCUGAAGUACCCUUUGCUCCUGAAGGAGCUGGUGUCCCUGACAGAUAAUGAGAGUGAGGAGCAUUAUCACCUGACAGAAGCACUGAAGGCAAUGGAAAAAGUAGCCAGUCAUAUCAAUGAAAUGCAGAAGAUAUAUGAGGACUAUGGUGCUGUGUUUGACCAACUGGUUGCAGAUCAAAGUGGAACAGAGAAGGAGGUCACAGAACUUUCAAUGGGAGAACUUCUGAUGUACUCUGCUGUUUCCUGGUUGAAUCCUUUUCCAUCACUGGGCAAAGCAAGAAAAGACCUUGAACUUACAGUGUUUGUUUUUAAGAGGGCUGUCAUACUGGUAUAUAAGGAGAACUGCAAACUGAAAAAGAAAGUGCCCAAUAAUGCACGGGCUGCACAUAAUUAUGGUGACUUGGAUCCAUUUAAAUUUCGUUGGCUAAUUCCUUUAUCUGCUCUUCAAGUCCGACUGGGGAAUACAGCAGGAACAGAAAACAAUUGCAUCUGGGAACUGAUUCACACAAAGUCAGAAGUAGAAGGCAGGCCUGAAACAAUCUUUCAGUUGUGCAGCAGUGACUGUGAGGGCAAGACUAACAUCGUUAAGGUGAUUCGCUCCAUUCUGCGGGAGAACUUCAGACGUCACAUAAAAUGUGAAUCACCACUGGAGAAAACAUGUAAAGAUCGCCUAGUUCCACUCAAGAACCGUAUCCCUGUUUCAGCCAAAUUGGCUUCCACAAGAGCCUUAAAGGUACUGAAGAACUCAUCCAGUAAUGAGUGGAACACUGAGACAGGGAAAGGAAACUUACUGGAUUCUGACGAAUGCAGCCUGAGUAGCAGUACUCAGAGUAGCAGCUGCCAUACCACAGAAAGCAUGCAGGAAUCCAAAAAUUCAUCUCCUAUGAAACACUGUCCGAGCUGCACACCAGAUUUUUCAGACAGCCUUGUUAAGGAAUCUGAUAUUCUGAGUGAUGAGGAAGAGGACUAUCAGCAGAGCCUAACAAAGGGCAGCCCUACAAGAGACAUUGAGAUACAGUUCCAGCGGCUGAAGAUCUCAGAGGAGCCCAGUGCUGACACAGAGCACAAACAGCCUGGGGCUGAUAAGGCUGAAGACCACCCAAAGCUGGUGCGUGGGCAUUUCUGUCCAAUUAAACGAAAAGCAAACAGCACAAAACAUAAGGGAACUUUACUGGCAAUGCAAGAACAUCACCAUUCUCUGGACGGUCACGCUGAUAGUGCAAACUUGGAUCUAAAUUCUAUUUUAGAGAGAGAAUUUAGUGUCCAGAGUUUAGCUUCCGUAGUUAAUGAGGACUGCUUUUAUGAAACCGUAGAGAGGCAUGGAAAAUCCUAGCUUUAAGUGCUACAUAAGUCAAAUUUUAUGUGGACUUU